AUGGCUCGCGAAGAACACGAGAUCUUGGAGUUUCUGGAAAGUGUAGGAGCGUGCGAUGUUGCGGAUGGGCUUUCUCAAAUCAAUCAUGAACACGGAGGCUACCUUGAAGGUAUCAUUAUGUACUCACCGGAAUUUCAAGGCGGAGAUACCAAAGUUGUUGGUCGCGCCUUUACUGUAAAGUUUGUGUCAAGUAGGGAGACUGAGCUUCCUAAAUUACCUGGAAAUUAUAUUGACAUGGUGCCUCCCGAUCUACGCGGAGUGGACACCCACGGUGCCAACCGCAUUCCAUCCUACAUCGAGCGCAUCCGCCACAAAAUUCUUGAUCCUACAGCAACGCCCGAGCUCACCCAGGUGACCCCGGUUGCUGCUUCUGUGGAUGCAAAAAAUGGGUUUGGGUUUGUUGCUGCGCACUUGGGAAUGACUAAAGCAGUUGAAAUGGCAAAGGAGUUUGGUAUUGGCCUUGUCUCGGUGAAGCACUCUAAUCACUAUGGAAUGGCAGCCUGGAUCGUACAACAAGCUAUUGAUUCGGGGAUGAUGGCUCUGGUAUUCACCAAUUCGUCGGCGGCUCAGCCAGUAUGGGGUGGUCGUGAGAAGCGCAUGGGAGUUUCGCCAUUGGCUUGUGGUGCACCUGCUCAAAACGAUUCGCGGCCUUUUAUCCUCGAUAUGGCUCCAUCUAUAGCCGCUCGUGGAAAAAUUUAUAAGGCACUCCGCCGCGGGGAAAAGAUCCCUGGUGAUUGGGCUCUCGAUGGAGAGGGGAAGCCAACCACGGAUCCCUCAAGCGCACUUGAAGGCGUCAUGCUUCCAAUGGGAGGACCUAAGGGCUCUGCUCUUUCUAUUAUGAUGGAUGUUUUUUCCGGCGUGUUUUCUGGCUCUGCCUUUGCAGGUCAUGUUGGAGGGCCUUACGAUUUUACGAAACCCGCGGACGUCGGACAUUUUUUUGUGGCUAUCAAGCCUGAUCUUUUCAUGACUCUUUCUGACUUCAAGUCGCGGAUGGAGUAUUUAUAUCAACGCGUGGUGACAAGUGAAAAGAUGGCGGGGGUGGAUCAAAUCUACUUCCCUGGUGAGAUUGAACUUAUCAACAAGGAAAAGCGGCUUGCAGAAGGCAUUCCUUUCACUGAAGCGGAAAUUGCUUCUAUGAAUAAAGAAGCAGAACUGGCUGGUGUUGAAGGCAUGAAAUAUACCUGA